AUGAUGGAAUACACUCGACUUGGCCGGUCUGGCCUGAAAAUUUCCAAAGUGGUCUUCGGCGCCAUGUCACUUGGUUCCUCAGAUCAUAUGCAAUGGGCCAUCCCAGAAGAGCAGGCAUUACCGAUCCUCAAGCAUGCCUUAGACCUAGGUAUCAAUACCUGGGAUACAUCCGAUGUAUACUCGUUUGGCGAAUCGGAACGCAUCAUUGGCAAAGCACUGAAGCAUUAUAACGUAGCACGUGGAAAGGUUGUUAUUUUGACAAAAUGUUAUGGUGGCAUCCCUGAGCUCGCAGAUUUCGUUGGCCGCUCAGAUGAGGAGAAACUCCGUAUGCUAGCAGUUAACGAUGGCAUCAUGGUCAAUCGGAUUGGACUAUCUCGCAAGCAUAUCUUCGAUGCAGUGGACGCUAGUGUCGAGAGACUGGGUACGUAUAUCGAUGUAUUGCAGAUACAUCGACUUGACCGCAACACGCCCCGUGAAGAGAUCAUGAAAGCACUCAAUGACAUUGUGGAGAGUGGAAAAGUACGUUACAUCGGCGCAAGUUCGAUGCACGCCUGGGAAUUCCAAGCUCUCAACAACAUUGCCGACAAGCAUGGAUGGCACAAAUUCAUCAGCAUGCAGGACUACCAUUCUAUGUUAUACCGGGAAGAAGAGCGUGAGAUGCAUGCAUAUUGCCGUGAUGCUGGUAUUGGCAUUAUUCCCUGGUCUCCUCUGGCUCGUGGUCUCCUUGCUCGCCCAUACAAGGUGACGCAAGAGCAGCCCACAGUUCGUCAGACGAGCGACGUGUACUCACAACUUUUAGUCGGCAAAGUGACAGAAGCAGACACUAAAAUUAUCAAACGUGUGGAGGAGCUGGCAGGAGAAAAGCACUGUAGUAUGGCUCAAAUUGCUAUCGUGUGGUCUUUGAAGAAGGGAGUCAAUCCUAUUGUCGGCUUGGCAAGUGUUGACAGAGUAGAUGAGGCCGCAGAGGCUGUUACAUUGGCUUCGAAUGAGCUGCUAACAGAUGAGGAAAUUAAAAGUCUGGAUGAGCUAUACGUCGCGAAACCAGAGAUUUUUAUGGUUGAGUAG